UGCCACAAUACUAGUAUACUCCUCUACUAACUAGUACGCCAGAUUAGUACUCCACCUUAGGUAACCAUAGUGACCACAGGUGGCGUUCUACACUAGUUAGUGUGUUAGUAUGCGCGAUUGGACUCAUGGAGUUUUCACGGUCGCGUCACGGCGGAGUCUCUUCCCAUAAACCAGGAGGAGAAAGCGGCUCGGGAGCAGAAAGCAACCAUCUGUGGAUCUCACAGGAACCCGGAGAAGGCAUGAGUUAUCCUGCUCCUCUUCAUUUCUGCUCUGCUUAAAGCCUUUGUGUUGCCAUUUUGCCCAGACGCGGUGUUUCUCUGACUUCGGGACUCAGGAGCAACGCGUCGUUUGAGGUCUGAGAGAUUUUCGUUCCUCUAAGGCAGCUGGAAUGCAGAAUGGAGAGUUUAGAAUGCUGACGACCUGAUGGAUGCCACGAAAGAUCUGAGCCCACCAAGAGCACUUACCCAAGGUCUCCAUCACGCUACUCCUUCUACCUAUAAAUUCAGUGACAAGUAGAUCCCUAAUCCCUCUGAGUGACCCUUGUUUCUGGAAAGUAUGCCUGGAUGGAGGGCCCAGUGUCAUCUGGUGCUGCUCAACCUGCUGUCCUGUGGCCUGGAGAUAUGUGUAGCAGCUGGCAUCACCUAUGUGCCACCACUGUUACUGGAGGCUGGCAUAGAAGAGAAGUUCAUGACCAUGGUGCUAGGUAUUGGUCCAGUUCUGGGACUCAUCUUCAUCCCUCUAAUCGGUUCAGCCAGUGACCGCUGUAGCAGUAGCUAUGGACGCAGACGUCCCUUCAUCUGGCUGCUUUCUCUGGGUGUGCUCGUGGCCAUGCUCAUCAUCCCUCACGCUGACGUCCUGGCUGCCCACCUCAGCUGGGGUGGCAGUCCCGAUCCUAACCAGCCACUCCAGGUGGGUCUGCUAAUCUUGGGCGUGGUGCUGCUGGACUUCUGUGGCCAGGUGUGCUUCACGCCACUGGAGGCACUACUCUCAGACCUGUACGGUGGACGUGAGGAGUGUGCCCGUGCCUUUGCUACAUUCUCCUUUAUGACGAGUCUGGGCUCGUGCAUAGGGUAUCUCCUGUCUUUGCUCGACUGGAGCUCUGGUCCACUUGCCCAAUACCUGGGUGGCCAAGCUAAGGGACUCUUCACUUUCCUUAUUCUCAUCUUCGUCUUCUGCGUGCUGGUCACCAUGAAGGCAUCAGAGGAGAAAGAGGAUUCCGAGACCUGGGCUGGAUGCCUCUCUAUGUGCUAUAUGCCCCGGAGACGCUUUAAGAUCUGCCUUCCAAGGGCAGGUUCUUUGAUAUGUGUACUCAGGACCUGCUGGUCAGUUACACCUGCAAUCUUCAGAAGCUACUGCCAUGUGCCAUAUGUCAUGAGGCGCCUCUGCGCUGCCCAGCUAAGCAGCUGGAUGGCCAUUGUGAGCUUCAUGCUUUUCUACACAGAUUUUGUCGGAGAGGGACUUUACAAAGGAGUGCCAAGUGCUGCACCGGGCACAGUUCCUAGGCAGCAAUAUGAUGAAGGCAUCCGUAUGGGCAGUCUGGGGCUGUUCCUGCAGUGUGCUACCUCAACUUUUUUCUCACUAAUCAUGAACCGGCUGGUGUGUACGUUCGGAUCCAGGAAGGUCUUCCUGUUCAGCAUGGUAUCAUUUACCCUCUCGGCAGUCGUCAUCUGCAUGUCCAAGAGUGUGAUGUUGGUCACAGGGAUGUCAGCCCUUACUGGCUUUGCCUUUGCCACCUUACAGACUCUGCCAUACACACUCACCUGCCACUAUCACCAAGAUAAGGAGGUGUAUAUGCCAACCAACAAAACCAAAAAAACACACACAAACAGGACGUACAUCCCCAACGAAACCACACGCCUCGCUCUGACCGAAGACGCGAGCGAUCCGAAUCAUAACGGCCACACCCACUACGACCAAGACGAUGUGGAAUUUUACGCUCCUCAGCAGGGUCAGAAUGGUACGCACCUCGAUCACAGAUCAGAUGAUUAUGACAAACGUGGCGUGGGCUUGGAUUUUGCCAUCCUUGAUAGCACCUUCUUGCUCUCUCAGGUCUUCCCUUCUCUGUUCAUGGGCAUGAUCGUCCAGUUCACACAAUCCGUCACUGCCUACAUUGCUUCUUCUGCUAUUUUCGGUGCAAUCAGUGUAUAUUUUGCUACACGUGUCAUCUUCGAACAGAAGGAUCUUGAACACUUGUAGAAAACUACAUAUUUGAGACCAGGUGCCUUUUAAGGCUUCUCUCCAGAAAGGUAAACAGCUUCUGGUGACACAGAUUUAGACUGCAAGCUACUAGAACACCAAAAAAAAAAGAAAAACUGCAAUAAAUCUGUAGUCAUUCAGCAUGAUGACCUGCUGUUCUUUCUCAAGUCUGCUCACACAAUAACAUCCUGCCUGUCUCAACAUCCUUCCUGUCAGUCAUUCUCACCACUUGCUAGCCCAGACCAGGAAACCAAGUAUUCUAAGUUCAUACGUUAAUAUUUAAAGUUAAUUAAUGUUAAUAUUUCUUUUUACAUUUUUUUCCCCUUUGCACUAACGGCAUGUCUUAUCAUCACAGUCAUCAUUGUGAUGAAAAGCCUCUAUGGCUUUACAUCACUGUGAGCAUGACUUCACACUCACUGCUCAGGCUUUUUGUUCACUUCUGUCUCACACCCAAAAAAAAAUAAAAAAUAAAAUAAAAACACAACUCGGACCAACAAUCGCAUCAGAGAGAUGCGAUGUGUGACGCAAUGCCUUUAUGUUAUGUAAAGAUUUGGAAAAAUAACUAUUUUGCUGUAUAUAUUUUUGUACAUUAAUAAUAUAUAGAUACACAAUUGUAUUUAUAUCCCUAUGGGAAUUUUUGGAUGCAACAUGCUUGCCGAGGUCAUCUGUAUUUAUGUUCCGUUGAUGGCGUCACGGGAACAUUAUGUAGUUCAUGGAAGACUUUUUGUCUACGUGUUUGGUAACCAGCACUAACAGUCAAAUUAAGGCAGAAGCUAAAAAAAAAAAAAGACAAUCUAGAUUAUUUUUGUACAGGGAUUAUACUACCUACAUGAUACUGUAGAAACAUUUUGUGCCACAAAUCUUCAUUUUUUUAUCAUCAUCCUUAUCAUCAUCAUCAUCAUGAAUAUGAUUCUAUAGCAGGGAAUUCCGAAUUGGAAUUAUGUUGGGACAUGAAUUUAUAAAAAAAGAUAGUGUGUGGAUGAAAGUGUAUGACCGCAAGUGAGUGUGUGUGUGUGCGUGUGUGCGUGUGUGUGUGUGUGUGUGUGUGUGUGUGCUGUGUCAAGAGUGUAUGUGUGAGAGCAUAUGUGUAAGAGUCUCUCAGGACAGACCUGUGUGCAUUCUGUCUACUGGUAUAUUGUAUCUAGUAAAAAGUUUGUUGAGUGUAUUUACAUUAAACAGCCAUAAAUUAUUUAAAAUAAAUGAUUCUUGAGUUACAUUUUAAUUUAUUACGUCUGCUGUUAGCAAUUAUAUGUCAAAUUCAUUCGAUAAUUAAAUACACUCAUGGAUUUAAAAUAUGACUCAUUUUGCAGCCUGUUACGGUUUGGUUGCAUUGUUGUCGUUGUUGUUGAUGUUUUUUUUUUUUUAUAUUAUCUAAUACACUGCCAGUCAAAUGUUUGUGCACCCCUUCUUACUCGUUGCCACUUUCAUACAGUAACAAUGAAAAGAUUAGGACCGGUCAAAUAAACACAAAAUUUCAUACGGACCUAAAAAAAAACUGAUUGUAAAAAAGUGAUUGUGAUGGAGCUUUAAAAACACUCAGUGUCUUCUAAAGAAGAUUUAGGAGAAGCUUCACCCAGGAGAUUCCUGAAUACUCAGAGCUCUUCACUGCUUCUACAUGAAAACUUUUUGUUUGGGUAAAAAAAGGAUUCGAUUCAGCCGAGUGUCUAGACGUUUGACUGGUAGAGUACUGUACAUCGUAUGCUUCUACACUUACUGUCAUUGACUAGAACAGAACGAAAUCCCUUUAAGAACAUUCAUCCUUUCUAUUGAUUUUGAUGAACUUUAAUAUUGUAUAAAUUGCCUUUGAGAAACAUUUAAAGAACAUCCUGUCCUUUCGGUUAGAAUGACUCGACUUUAAAGUGCCUAAACUUAUGUAUUAGGUGUAUGGAAAAUGAGCCUGUUGUUGCUUUUGUGUCUUUGUUGUGUGAGUCAGGAAUUUCUGGAAGACGAGUUUGCUUUACAUCGAAGUAAAAAAAAUAGAUUCUGUUUAUUUCUGUGAAUAUGUCUUCAUCCUGACUCAGAGUUGUGUGUACAGUGGAGCUUAUAGACUGAAGCUCACGGUAUAAAUCGGGUUAUGUCUUUCCCCCAAACCACAAAUCAGUGCUUACUUUUCAAAAUGUUACUGGAUUUGUGCUUCAUGGAGUUUCUCGGCAAUGUGCAGCUUUAUUAACUCAAUCCCAGUUCCUGAUAUGUGUCUAUUCAGGUGAGGAUUUUAUAACCACUAUAUUUGCCCAACAGACGUCUUUGGAUUUUGCAUCACAUUUUAAUAGUUGAAGUUCAUUAUAUUAAAAUAUAUUGUAACAAAUCUCA